CGCUUAAAAAUAUAUAGCAUAUUUAUCUAUAUCAGGUAUAAUUAAUUUUUUUGAUAACAGCUAAAAACUUUUCUCUAUAACAAAAAUUGAAAAUAGUAUUUAUAAAUGUACAAAUAUAGUACUAUAAAUUUAUAAUUUAAUAUUAUAGCAUUUUCGCUUUCUGCAACCCGUUUUAACCUCUCGCCACCCAUAUUCACCAGAGGUGGCCAUGAUGUUUUUAUUGUGAAAGUACACAUGAGGGGUAGGUUAAGAACUGUGAAUGGCUCUUUUUCUAUAGUGAAUGGGACUCUCCCUACUCCUCUAUACCAUGGCUAAUAGCACGUUCACAUAUAAGCAGGUUAUGGUUAACAAAAAUUAACCUCGAAGCUAACUAUCUUGCGUUCACAUAUAGCAAAGAUAACCCAAUUAUAUGAGAGAAAUUGACAGCUGUAUCCAUUUGUGUUUUUUUGUUUACAUAUUUUCUUCUUGUAAAAAAUAAGUUAAUAAAUGAGUGAUGGAUUCAAAAUUGAAAAAAUGUUCACUUUUGUUUGCUACAAACCAAGAAGAAAGCAAUAAAUAUCUAGCUGCAUUAAAUUCCUGUAGCCGAGAAUAUAAAGCUGCUAUCCAACAAAGUGAGCAGGAAUUACGGAUACGAAGAGCUCGAGUAAUAUCGAUUUAUUAUGAAAUAUUAAUGUUGACAACAAUACCUCUUUGUAAGGAAAUAAACCCAAGAAGUAUUUGGGCAUACAAGCGACAUGGGAACUUCUGGGAAAAGGAUGUUCCAUCAAUGAACGACCGCGUUUUUAAGGAAACCUUUCGCAUGAGCAGGGCAACCUUUGAAAUAUUGUGUGAUUAUGUCAAAGGUAUUACCAAACAGGAUUCAUGCUAUAGGAAGUGCAUCCCAUUGCAGAAAAGUGUAGCUGUUGCCGUCUACACAUUAAAAUCUUCGGCGGAGUAUGAAACUGUUGCACGACUAUUCGGUGUUUCGAAGGCAAUCGUCAGCGAAAUACUUCUUGCUUUUUGCCAAGAAGUGUGGCAAUCAUUGCGUCCCAUUUAUUUGACAGAACAAUUAAGGAACAGUGAAAAAGUGGAUGAGUGUGUUCAUGGGUUUGAGAAGCUUGGCUUUCCGCAAUGUCUUGGUGCCAUAGACGGUUGCCACAUUAAAGUUCGGCCACCUGGGAAGGAUUGCACGGACUAUUACAAUUAUAAGGGGUGGUACUCCACAGUUUUAUUUGCUCUUGUAGAUUAUAGAUAUCGCUUCCUCUACAUUAAUGUUGGCUGCCCAGGUCGAUGCAAUAACUCAAAAAUUUUUCAAUGUAGCAAACUAGAUACUGCAUUGAAGGACCCAAUCUUCACUGCAAAAAGCAAAACUAUUAAUGGCGUGAAUGUUCCUGUGGGCGUUGUGGGUGAUUCGGCUUUCCGAUUUGCCAACAAUCUAAUGAAGCCCUAUCCAUUCCAAGUACAUCCUCCAGAGCAUGAAAAAAUUUUUAAUUACCAAUUGUCCAAAUGCCGAAGAGUGGUGGAAAAUACGUUUGGACGCCUAAAGGCUCGUUUUAGGAGAAUAGGGAAAGGAGUCGACAACCACAUCAAAAAUGUUCCUCUUAUAAUUAAAGCAGCCUGUACACUGCAUAACUUUUUAAAUUGUCAUAAUGAUGUCAUCAACCACAAAUGGAUAGAAGAACAAACCACUUCUGAAAGUAGUGUACGCCUGGAACAGCCCAAGCACACAGAUGCUGUAGCAGAUUUUGAAGCAGAAACUGAAACAAUUAGAAGAGCGAUUGCGAAUUCAUUUUUUUAAGUUUGUUCUACAUUUGUAAUUAUUUUUAUUUUUCAUUUAACAAAUUAAUAAAGUCUUUAUUAAAAUUUUUCGUAUUUUCACUCAUUUCUUUUAAAAUAUCAUUCCGUUUCUCUUCCGAAAGAACUGCUUUUUCGGUUAGUUCCACCAUUCUUUCUUGCACCCCUCUCAUAGACUCCAUUUCUUUCUCAAACAUAUCUGAAGUUUUUUUCAAAUUCUCUACUAAACGCUCAUGGGUUAAUUUCCU